AUGCCCAUCGUAGGACCUCAAGAUUUUGUUGCGAGCGAGUUUGACUAUAUUGUUGUUGGGGGAGGAACAGCAGGCCUCGUCGUUGCUGCUCGUCUGUCGGAAAAUCCCACGGUCCGUGUCGGAGUACUCGAAGCCGGAGAAUACGUGCCCGAUGAACCCAACAUCAAUGUUCCGGGAUAUUUCGGACGCACAAUCGGUAAUCCAGCGUACGACUGGGGAUUCCUGACGGUUCCUCAAAAAGAUGCGAACGGUCGCUUGAUCUAUCAUCCACGCGGCAAAGUCCUUGGAGGAUCGUCUGCUCUUAAUUUCAUGACCUUGGGAAGAGGUUCUGAAGCAGAAUACGAUGCGUUCGAGGCUCUCGGUAAUCCCGGCUGGAAUUUCAAGGAGUUCCAACGCUACUUCUCGAAAUCCGAGACGGCCCAUGCAUUGCCCGAAGGAACGGCGAAGAAGUAUGGUGCUGAAGUGAUUGCACCUGCAGGAGCCGACGGCCCGAUUGCACGUUCGUAUCCUGGUUGGUUCAGCGACCUCCAUCUUCCACUGUUCGACGCAUACAAGACACUUGGGGUGGACGUAAACGUCGAUCCAAAUGGAGGAAACAAUGUUGGAAUUACCACGACCGCAUGUGCGAUUGUUCCGGGCAAAUCGACUCGUUCCUACUCGGUUACAGGCUAUUGGGAGCCAUACGCGGACCGCAAGAACCUCAUAUUGGUUACUGGUGCACGCGCGACCAAGGUCGCACUUUCCAAACAGGGCGACCUCUUCCUCGCGACCGGGGUUGAAUUCGUCCACGGGCCCGAAGGCGAAGAAACAGACUACACCGCCAGGGCAAGGCGUGAGGUUAUUUUGUCCUCUGGUACCUUCCAGAGCCCCCAACUUUUGGAGCUCUCGGGAAUUGGUCAACGCCGCGUUCUCGAAUCUGUUGGUAUUCCCGUUCAAGUUGAACUGAAUGGAGUAGGCGAGAAUUUGCAAGACCAUGUGUACGUACCUACGAUGUACGAAGUCACACCAGACCAUGAGACCCUCGAUGUACUCCACGAACCUGAGGCACACACUCGCGAGUGGGAGAAGUUUGAGACCAAGGGGGAGGGCAUGUAUGCGUCCACUCAUUCGGCCUUCAGUUUUUUGCCUCUUGAUGCAUUCGCUGAGGAGGCAGAGGCCCAGAGGGUCCGUGUCUCCCUCGAUGAUGAAGGCGCGCGCUACUCAAGCAAGGGCGAAAAGAAGCUGCAUGGUCUUCUGAAAGCCUGGAUGGCUCCGGGUACAAAUACCCCAGCUCAAGCCGAGAUUAUCCACUACCCAGGCUUUUUCCCAAAUCCUGUUACACGGCCGACCCCCGGACAUCGUUAUCAAUCCUUCUUGGCUGCGUUAAUGCAUCCAGCCUCUCGUGGAACAUCUCAUGUCGUUUCCAGCGACGCCCUGGCGAAGCCGGCGAUUGAUCCCAGGUACAUGUCCGCAGCCUCGGACGUCGAACUCCUAGCGGCAGCUGUCCGCUUCAUUGUACGCCUGAGCAAGGCAGGCACAAUGGGUCCUCGUGUGAUCGGCGAGACUAUGGGAGCUGAGACCGCUGAUCAAGAUGUCAAAGAAUAUGUGAAGAACAAGUUUGAGCCUGUGUACCACCCAAUUGGAACCUGCUCCAUGCUCCCCUUUGAAGACGGUGGCGUAGUAGACUCCCAGCUCAAAGUAUAUGGUACGGCUAACUUGCGUGUUGUGGAUGCAAGUGUCAUUCCAAUUCAUUUGAGCUGUCAUAUCCAAUCUACCGUCUAUGCGAUCGCCGAGAAGGCUUCUGACAUUAUCAAGGCUACUGCCGUCUAA